AUGUCGUCUCAACUGAACGACUCGUCUCGCAGUACGGAUCCCGCCUCUGCCCAGCCAGAUGCAACAAACUGUCCCGAGCCUGGCUUCAUUCCGAAACCGCUUCGCGCAAGGAAGAGAUUAUACGACCCCAGUCUGACUGCGGGGAUGCGCCCACCCGACACAAACAUGACAACGGAUGCUCCAAAUGUGGAAGCCACAAAAGAGCGUGUAUGGACCGAGGAAACCCAAAACCUCCGCGUGGAAGCUACCAAGCUGCUGGCUGCCAAACUCUCCAGGUUCAGGAAGCUCAGUUCACCUAAUGCCGCGAUCAUGCAACGUGAGCCCGAGGUCUUCGCUAAGCAAUGGGAGUUCGACAUCUGGACCCGAUCGAUACAAAGCUCCGACAGGAAGAAGUACGACGACGAAGUCAGAUCAACCUUGCGACUCCUCACGAAGUGUGACAAGAAGUGGUCUGAGGCUUGGCCAGUCGAUGAUGGAAGUUAUUGGUCAGGUGAAGAAUGGUUCGUUUGGGAGAUGGACAGAUUGAACUUCGACAUGCUGGAGAACGAGAGCAUCGCAUCUGGGCCACAUUCUGCAGACACUUCAGCCAGCCUCAGCUAUGUAUAUACUCAAUCCGACUCCGCUACCGAAGCCACCGAGGCCAUACUCAAUGCGGACAACCAUCGAGAAGGCCUCUCAACAGAGGCGCAGCUGCGCAAAGACAACCGUCGAGGCUUCCGAAGCCAUAUCCGAGGCAUCUGCGAGUUGCUGAGAUCCGCGAAUCAUACAGCGAACCUUGACGUCGUCGCGCUUGCAUCAUCUUGGGAGUCCGAAAUUUGGACCUCGUUGCUCGAGCACGAAGACUGCAACACUUCAUAUAACGAGGACAUAGAUGAGGCACUGGAAGACUUGGAUGACUGGAAAACGUACUGGGAUUCUUCUGAAGGCGACCCUGAAGGCAGCCGAACCGGUCGGCAGCUCUUCCUCGACUACGUUCAACAGCUUCAGGCGCGCGACGCUUCUUCAGAUGGGCUGACUGAACUGCAGAAUGAAGUCAAAGCAUCGACAGAGCCCUCACAUCCUCACGAAGAUGGUGAAGAUGCUUGCUCCUCCAUUGAGACCGACAAUAAUGAUGGUGGCGUCGACGUUGGCUCAGACGACGAGUCCGAGGAUGACCAGACUGAAACGCAAUACGUCACUGACGAGACCUCUGAAGACCAUGGCCUUGAUUCAAAUACUGCCGACGAGCUCUGGGAUCUUGCUGGGGGUAACGAAGAGCUAUCAGAUGAUUCUGCAGACGACGCUGAAGAUAACGAAAUAUAUGAUAAGUCUGACGAAAGCGACGAUGAGGAUGAAAGCGAAAACACCAUAGAUGGUGUCAACUUUCACCCUAGCUCCCCUGUCGCAGCAUCUCCGGUAGCAUCAGCUAUCACUUUCACCUUCAAGCCUUCUCAAAGCAGCGUCGCUGUACCUACCAUCCCGUCCAGCUUCGACCCUGAAAACUGGACUGGUGCAUUCGAUUUCACGGCACCCCCAGGCGGCGACAUGGCCGUCAAUGGAUCUCUUUCGGCUGGCGAUGAUGUCGCCAGUCAGACUUCAGAGGUUCAAGACCUCAAAGACUCUGAGCAGAUUGAGGAGGUUGCCGCCGACGAUAGCCUGGAGCCUACUACUUCUUCCCUCGCUGACGACGACGUAACCGCCAGGGUCAGUCAAGAGCGCGCAGUUCAGGAGGUCCCCCUGGCCGCUCCAAAGGAGCAUGAGACGGAAAGGCCACAAAAGGCCGUCUCAGUAGACUGCUCUGGUAGGAUCAGAGAGCUGACUGCUGCCAUCAAUGCAUGCGAGGCCGAAUGGCUGAACGCAAAUGCAGGCAAUUGCGCUCCUUCCGCUUUCGUCGAGCUCGCCGGUAAUCUCGAUGACAUUGGUGCGAAGAUCACCAAUAAAGGUGAUUUCUCUUCCCCGUCGGCAUUGAGCAAGAUCGAGGCGCUGUUCGCGAAGUGGGAAGCUUUUGUCAACACCAUGAAAGCCUUCAUCGGCAUCAAAGAGUACUUCCAUCCCGACAACGAGUUCCGCUUCAAUCGACUUGUCACGCUAUAUCGCUCAGAUGUCGAGAUGAUCCCCGUGUACGAAACCAUGAGUCGCAUGCCAGGCGCUCAAGAAUACUGGUUGGGUGAGGCAAACAAGCGACGAGAGAGCAGAGAUGAUAAUCUGAAGAGCAUCAACAAUGAGAUUGCAAAGAUGUUUGGUCUUCGUCAAGCCUACCGCCAUGAGCUUGAGAUGCUGAACGGGCAAGUAGACGACAAGGCGUUCAAGGAGUUUGGCAAGAUGACCCUUAACAUGGUUCACGAACGCAUUUUGGAGGUGAAUGAGGCUUUAGGCCUGGAGGACUUGUAG